UGUUUCGUUGCCUUCAUCUUCUCAGAAUUGUUGUGCCCCUGUCUUUGCAAGCCUCUAAGGUUGAGGGGGUCUCGUUACUGAAGCUUGGAAGGCAGGAGUCAUGGCCAUGGCAUCGCUCGUCGUGGUUCCCUCUUCGUUGAGCUGCUCUUCCUCCACCUUCUUUACUGCUCUUCCCUUGCUAAGUAAUAUAGCGGCGUCCGCGUCUUCGUGUGUGUCCGUCUCGCUGCCCGCCAUUGUGUGCGGCCGGGGCGACAGGCGCACUGCAAAGGGCAAGCGCGCUCGCGGCUCAUUCGGCAACUGCCGCCCUAAGGACUCCUCCAAGGGGACUGGAUUGGCCGUCACGCCGCUGCCACCACGGACCAAGAAGGAGGUUGAGGAUACCGAGUUCAUCAACGUGGAGAUUGACGAGAGUCUCUUCAACAGGCAAUGAGGAUUUGAAUGUAUUUGGCUAUUACUGCACUAUGCUGUCCUUCGAAGUUAUUGUUAUAGCCAUUUUUGGACCUUCAAGGCCUACGUGGAGAUUUUUGUAUGACCCUCAAUCUUCCUUUGCGCCCUGCUGUCAAUCUCAAUGUCGUGGUCAGUUUUCCGCCCCUUGUCGUGGGCACCCGUAACAAGGCUUCCUCCUGCUUGGUAGUCUUCGAGUGCUCUGCAAUCUUCAUUGGCAGGAUUCGAGGCCAAUUCUAGUUGCAAUGCUCCUGCGGCCUCAGCUCGAAGAAAUUCCUCGAGGCUGCUCAUGAGUUCGUCUUCAAGUUCGGCACCACGACCAUCAUCAUCUUUGUAGCCGUAUCGCACAGCACACCGGUACAUACGAUAGGCUGGGGGACCCACUCGGCGGAGCAGGAUGCGUUCUUCCGCAGGAACUGUAGGCAUGGGCAGAUUCUUGAUGCAGACCAAAAUCAGGGUGGAGUGCAUGGCGGGGAGGUUGCUAAUCAAGUGCCCAAAUAUGCCAGAUGAGGCUGAUCCCCGGAACACGAGCAAUGCCCAGGUUUGAGCCGAGCCCCAGCAACCAGUUCAUUGAUAGCUUGUUGUUGACUUCAUAUUUGAAUGCCUCCUUCCGGGUGUAGUACCAAGUGUACAUGAUUGAAAUGAGCCCUGUCACAAACGCAAUUGGAAUCCAACCAUAUUGCGGGAUCUUGUACAUCACAGAAGAGAAAUAUACCAACUCUAUGGCGCCGAAGAAAUCAAAGAAAGCGAGAGUAAGCCACAAGUUCUUUUGCCAGAUCAUGAGCAUGAUGAACGACACGAAGAACGUUGUCAUGAAAAUAACGGCCACCACAGUUACACCAUACGCAUUGCCGAUCUUGGCUGUGUCUUGAAGCGCCGCAGUAACAAUUAUGCACAUUACCAUGAGGGCCCAGUUUAUUUCAGGGAUGUAGAUUUGGCCUUCAUACUUGGGAGAUGUGUGGACAAUCUUGCAUCGUGGGAAACAUCCCAAAGCCAUUGAUUGGACAACAAUGGAAAAGACUCCCAAAAUCAUGGCUUGGCUAGCAAUAACGGCAGCUGCAGUCGCCACUACGAACAUGGGCCAGUACACGGGCUCUGGAUAUGAACAAAGAUACCAUGUUAUCUAAGUUCAAACAUCGCUUCAACGUCGUUGAAUUAAAUCCCUACUGAAACUGAUUGCGCAAAUCAAUUAGGGAAAACGAGACAAGGGGAGUUGGUGGGCAGUACUCACUUGGAAUUGAGGAAUAGAACGUGGUGCUAACCAUAUCCUGAUGCUUCAUGAGCCAUGCAGCUUGGCCUAUGUAAGCUAGAAUCAAGCAAGGGUAUGCCACAAUGGUGCAAGAGAUCUGCAAAAGUAGUCAAUGUAAGCGAAGGUUGUCCAUGUGGGUGCAACGCUAAACCUACUUGACACGAAGAAACAUGCGCUUGCUUCACGAAUUUGAAUUUUCAGUGUUCGAUUGAAAACUACAUCCCUCAGCAAGAGCAUCUCACCUUAAUCAUUUCAGACAUUUUACUAAGAAAAAGUUAAUGUAUAGCGGUUAAGACCGAGAGUUAGUAUCGAAUUUAAAUUCUACCUGAAUUGAUGCUACGGAGAAGUGAGCAAGAUCGGCGAACAUGGCUUCCGACCCUGCAUUUUCAGACAAAGCUUAUUGGGAAAGUGCCCACAAUGAUUGGCUUACAAUCGGCAAGCUGCAGACGCGGUGUCCAUCAGCAUGUCCAAGGCGAACCACAAGCAAAUGCAAGGCGCAAAGCUGUUGCCCACUUUAUGCGUACCGAACCUCUGAAUGGCGAACAGCACCACCAAGCUUGCGACGGACACCUCGACCACCACAUCUGCACACGAAAUACUCAGACAGUGACGAAGCUUGUGGCAUCUUAUUUAAUAAUCUUCAACAGAUUUCUUAUGCUGGGAUGAGGUAGAGCAUUGAUUGAGAGAUAGCAGAGCUUGGAGCUGCUGUACUAACCGUUUGAUAUUGUUGGUGUGUUGACCUUGAGUCCUGACACGGCUGAGAGCACUGAAGGCAACCAACACACAUGGGAGUGAAGACAUUAAUUUUGUGAUAAUUUUUGGUAAGAUUGACUUAACUUAGCCCCCAAGACUGCGAUGGAUGUGUACCUGAGAUGGAAGGGGUCAGGACGCCAUCGCCGAUGACACAGCACGUCCCGACCAGUGCCACAGUCAGCAAGAGAUUCUUCCAGAACCUGCUCCUCUCGAGAUACUCCUUGAUCUUUGCUGCACGUUUCGCAUUUUGCGUUGGGAGGUCCAGCUGGUAAGUGGAAAGAACUCGAUCCUCUGGAGCUUGAUUGGUGGCCAAGUUGAUCUUCGCGUAGCGGCAUAUCAGUGAGUAGAGAGCAAACGUCCCACCUGCAGUUACCCGUGCCAUCGAGUUGUUCAGUGUGCGGAUUCGUUAAAUACUUGCAGAAUGUCACUUCAAAUGAGCUCUUCAAGCAGACGAGACAGCUCAACCUAUUUGACUGUCUUCCUUUCAAAUUGCCCGUCUUUCUGAAUUUAACUGAAUAUCAAUAUCGCAGACCCUUAAAGUGCGCGAUUGGUAGAGCACUUAGGGGAAAUGAGUUAAGGAUAAGUUUAUUUUAUUUAUUUAUUUAUUUAUUUUUUUUGGAGAAUGCAAAACCCACAGGUGGAGACUAACCAUUGCCGUUGUCGUUGGCCUGAAGGACAAUGAAACAAUACUUGAUGAGGGGAAUGAGCGUAAAAGUGUAGAUGAUGAGGCUAAGCACACCCAGAAUGUCGUCGUUCAACGCAGGGAUGAAAUUGCCUGCGUCGUCCGUCUUAUUCAAGACGUGUGUGCUUGCGUACACGUACAGUGGCGAUGUCCCGAUGUCACCGUAGAUUACUCCAAUGCUCUGGAAGGCGAGAUGCGCAGUGGUUAUCCUCGAAAUUUUCUGAAAGGAUCAGCAACGGAAAAGCACACGCCCACCAUGAGUACUCACAGCUCGAAUUUCGAAUCCCACCCCCGGCACUGCGGCAGCGCUUUUGCGGACUUGUGGGUGGCCGAGGUGGGCCUGCGUCACGACCUCAAAUGGUUGUGCUUCAAUGCAACGCACACGGCAGCGUCAACAUGAAUCAGCCUCAAGAUAGAUAGAUAUAGAUUAAUAGAUAUAUCAGAUUCUGUUGAAUGUCCCAUAUUAUAUGUACAGAAAGCUGUAACUUAUCCAGCUCUUAAAUAAGACACUGGAAUUGCCCAUCCCUUUCA